GCGAGAGAGAGAGAGAGAGAGAGAGAAAUGUCCAUAGCAAUAUAAAAUCCUCUUGACUUCUUCAGACUCACACCGCAAGCAACCACAGAGAGAGAGAGAGAGAUGGAAAGUCGACUGAAGCAGAGAAUCUCUCGCAUGUUGCAGGCGCCUUUUCAGUCAUGUAGGUCUUCUGCAUCUUCUUCAUCAUCGAGCAAGAGCAAGAAAGACCCUUUGGACAUGGCCCAAAGCCCACGCUUUUACCCUUCUCGUCGCCUUUUCAAAAAUGAGACCAGGCCUCUUUUUAACACAAAAGGCAGAACCAGAACCAGAACCAGAACCGCCAUGGCUUCGAAUCCAGUGUUCUUUAGAGCUUCUCCAUUUGCUGAAAGCGAAGGAAGACUCUGCCCCCCUGUAACUCCCAUCUCUCCUCCAACUUCUUACCAUGAAACCAAAACCCAAAAUCAUAGAAAGAAGGAGUUCCAGAGAAAUGAUGACUUCUACAUCAACAAUUAUAGGUGGUGCACUUCCUCUUCAGAUACAGGGUGGUUCAGCAGUGAAGAAGGGGAAGAGAGAGAAAGAAGAGAGAGAGAAGAGGAAGUGGAGAGGUUGUUUUGGUCCAAGAGUUAUUCGUCUGAUUCCUCUGAUUUACAGUUAAUGAGUGGGAAGCAAAGGAGGAGGAGGAGGAGAGGAGAGAGAAAGCAAAGGAGGAAGAAGAGAGAGAAUGGCUCAAAGCCUAUGGUGGGUGAGGAGGUGAGAGUUGAGAAGAAAGUGAGAGAGAGUGUAGCAGUGGUGAAGAGAUCGAAGGAUCCAUAUAGUGAUUUUAGGGCGUCAAUGCUAGAGAUGAUAGUGCACAAACAAAUAUUUGGAGCUGAAGAACUAAAGCACCUACUACACUGCUUUCUCUCUCUGAACUCCUCUCACCACCAUCAUGUUAUUCUCCAGGCCUUCUCAGAGAUUUGCCAAGCUCUAUUCUCUAACACCUCUCUUUGCACCCCUGAAUCUCCUCUGCUAUCUUUCUCUCUCUAACUCUUUAUCUCUCUCUCUCUAUCUACUUUAUGUCGAAAUGUUUUUCUUUGAGUACAAUUUGGGUUCUUAUUUUAUCAGAUAUGUGCACUCUGUAUACGUUUCUUCUUUUCAUAAAUUUUCCUUUGAAUUUAUUAGUAUGUUUCA